CGAUCUCUUUGAAGUCAACGAACCGCAAACAAAAAGCCAUCCAACUACAGUCAAACUUAGCUAAGUGAGAUCACUUCAAAUAAUCAGACCAAGUAAUGCACUUGAGACAAUUUCAAGAUUUUCAGGAUUUUCACUUUAAUGAUUUUCAAUUUUAGUUAUUCAGGCAGUUAUUGAAGCCUGAAUUCACCUUACAAGAGCUUUUUUGCUGCACAAACCAGUUCGUGUUGGUGGAAACCCCCAAAGGCAAUUUUCAUUUCACUGCCUCGUUUCAGCUUGCACUUGCCACUCGACUUGACUUUGGCUUCAUUGUGCUUUGGUUUUUUGGCCAAAACAGUUGGAAGAUAUAGGAGCCAUGCAGCUGAUCUAUCGUGAACUUGAAGCGGACAUACUCCGACGCACUAAUGCCGUCUUUCCGGCCCAAAAUUGCUUUGUUGAGGUGCUACCCGAUCAGUUGAUCAUUCCCAGGAAGUAUGUGGAGCUGGGCGAAUCGAUUCGAUCGCUUCCCGUUUACCAGGACGACGUGUGGAUGGUGUCCUAUCCACGAACCGGAUCGACGUGGGCCCAGGAGAUGGUCUGGCUGCUGGGUCACCAGUUGGAUUACGUGGUCGCUGAGCAGGAUUUGAGAUUGCGUUCUCCGCUCAUUGAACUGUCUGCUUUGUUCAGCACCGAUCAUCACGAGGCGGUGGCCCAAAAGUUUGGCAAUACCGUGGAUCUGGUUCGCAAUCUGCCACGCCCACGCUUUGCACGCUCCCACCUGUCCUGGCAUUUGCUACCCGAGCAAUUUGAGACGGUGAAGCCGAGGAUCGUAUACACCGCUCGAAAUCCCAAGGAUCUUUGCGUCUCCUACUAUCACUACUGCAAGUUGCUGCACGGCAUCAAUGGGGACUUUGAGCAAUUCGUGGAUCUUUUUCUUGAUGGGCACACACCGAUGGGAUCCUAUUGGAGGCACGUGCUGCCCUUUUGGAAACGUAGCCAGGACGAUAAUGUGUUGUUCAUCAAGUACGAGGACAUGGUCAAGGAUCUGCCCAGUGUGGUUCGCCGCUGUGCCAGAUUCCUGGGCGUGCACAGUCUCCUCGAUGUGAGCACUUUGCAGAGAUUGUGCGAUCACCUCACAUUCGACAAGAUGCGGGCGAACAAGGCGGUGAAUCUGGAGAAGGUGCUUCCGGAAUCCUCUUCCAAGUUCAUACGGAACGGCAAGAUCGGGGAUUGGCGCAAUCACAUGGGCAAUGAGAUGUCGGAGCGCUUUGAUGAAUGGAGCGAGAAACAUAUGCGUGGUGCCGGAUUAAAAUUUGACUACGAGUGAAAAACCCCGCUUGCCUAUAAUAUUCUUUUGUGUUAGUUAAACGAUUUGUGAAUAAACUUAAUUGGAUUGUUAUUGGAGAAAAAGUAAAAAUACGUUUAUGGAGACUAUGAAUAGUUAUAACCAGACUUAUGGGUUACUUACCCGUACAUUAAAUUAAAUUGAAAUUUUUUUUAAAUUUCUUUCCUUUAAAAACUUCUUCCAGUGUC